UUAUGCAUAUAACUCCCUUAUUUUUAGCGCUAAUUUCUGCUUGACAACAAUUGCCAUAGGAACUCUGCAAAACGACUAUUAGGGUCGAGGUUAAUUCUCAAGUUAGUCCACUCCAAGGGCACUCGUCAAUUCUUAAAACACCUCCGACAAUCGGUGACCGCAGCUCAGUUUGGUUGACGCUGCGACCAGGGGCGCACAAGGCUUAUGUGCAGAUGCCAGACCUGACAGGUGCAGUAGCGAUUCUAAAAGGGCCAGUUUUUGCUGUCCUCAUUCGUAGCAUGUUUUAAGGAUUCCAGAGAUUCUUGAAUGGUUAUGGUCCAAUCGGUGAGUUCGCCUCAGGUGUCUGGAGAUUGCUAUUCGCUCCGGCAUUCUUUCAGGGGAUGCGAAGGGAGACAGUAAGUCACAGCAACAAAGUUGGCAGAGAUAAGUGAUGCUGAGAAGGCCUUUAUCGAUCGUGAAAACUGCAGUGCAUUUAGUUAUGAUAUGCAUAAUCGUGCCGAAAUUUCUGAACAUGUACCGUUGUGAAGUUUUCACUUUUCUCCUGUUGGUAUGUUGUAUCCCUCAUAUAUUUGGUGGAAGAGCUUGCCCCUUAGGGUGGGCCCAACACGCCAAGACCUGUUACACGAUCGUCACCAGCACGCAAGCAACUUGGUCCGAUGCCAGUGAUUUCUGCCGCCAGGCCGGCGGGGAGUUGGCUUUACCCGUCACGAGGCAGGAGACCAAUUUUCUGUGGACCAUGUUUCAGGCACUGAAUCUGAGCAAGUCUGGAAUCGAUCCCAGCGGCGGGCUGUGGAUAGGCUGUCGGCGGGUCGGUACGGUCUGGGGAUGCACCCACGCGCCCACGCUGCAAUUCGUAAGAUGGUGGGACCACGACCAACCAGACGGGUCGCACGACUGCUUGCUGAUGUGGCGCUUUGCGGCCAAGUGGGCCGACGCCUCCUGCGAGAAGCGGAGGUUCAUUGCCUGCCAGCGGCGCUCGGGAGAGCGUACACGCCGCUGGCGAUGCCUGCAGCUCCGCUCGGGUCAUCAACAGCUGGGAUGCCUGAUGAACCACGUCCUGCAGGAAGUAACCGUCGUGAACCCGUUACAGUGCUGCACAGCGUGUUACAAUGAACCACGGUGCCGCUCAUUCAACCUGAAGGGAGACACCUGCCAUCUCAACGUAGCCCGGCACUCCUACCCCAACUUCAACGAAGAUACUUUUAUGGCAAUAGGCAACUCGUGCGCUUACUAUGAGAUUGAGAUAGAUUAACAUUUCAAGAAAAUAUGCUGAAUGACUUUAUGAUACACAUUGUUUUGAGAAAAAUAAUACUCUUUCAUUUGUUCUUUCAAAAAAAAAUUAGAGUCCAAGUUUAAACUUACAGGCUAGACGUAAGUUCCUGGUGAGUUGAUUACUUGUAACUGCUUUAUAGAAUGACGCAGCUUGAAUAAAUCUUACCUACAAAUCGGUCUGAAAAUUACUCAGUUGUAGGCCUAUGUACUAAUUUAGCAUAACAGAAAUAUCAUAUCAUUCCUUGAUUUUGAUGAUUGAUGAUAUUUCCGAUGAAUUCAUUGAUUUGUCUUCGGUUCAUGUUCAGAGUUUCUUGUAAGCUAGGGCAGAUUAAUGUUUGGGGAUUGACUCUCUCUCUACGUCCGAAGACGGCAAGAGACUACAGUACAUGUACUUCACCCUGGGAAACACUUAUAGAUUUAUACCCAUUAUGAUUAACACUUAAUAAACUAUUUAUUUACUGUUGUUGGGAUGUAGCA